UAUGAUUAUUUGAAAUUGUUGUUGUUAUUAUUAUGUUUUAAUGUCAGAUUUAACCUCAAAUAAAUAAGUUACAAGCAUGGCUGAUUUAAAAGAUUUAUUUAUCAGUGCGACACAACGAUUAUUUAGUAAUUGGACAGCAUUACGUAUGGCUGUUGAACAUGGGCAUGGAUCUAAAGACAGUGUCAGUAAUUUUUUGUAUCACAUCACCAGCUUUAUAAAUGAGAAUGAAAACUUGUCAGAUGAUGGACUAGCAGAAGAAUUGAAGGAGUGCAUGGAUGACGAGUUCGAAAUUCAGUUGGAAGAUGAGAGUGAGAAACAGAUAGCAAAUAUUUUACUCAAAUUUAAUCAGUACUGCAGCCAAGGUAAUUUAGAAUUAGUUCAGUCAGAAAUAGAUAAAUUGCCGACACUAAAACCCUGGAUUCUAUCGCGAGAAGAAAUUAUAAGUCAGAGAAACAGAUCGCAUACUGGUUCUCUGGCGAAUAACUUAGAGGAUUCUUCCUCGGACACUGAUGGAGAUGAUGUAGAUAUGGAGACUGAUGAAGCUGCUGCUCGUGCUGAUGAUGGAUGGACGGAAGUUAAGACGCGAAGAAAGUAAGCUAAUAAAAGAGACACGGUCACCUGUCCCAGUAGUAGGAGAAGCUCUGCGAGGUGAUAAAGAAAACCGGGCAAUGCCGGUGGUUGUGCCGCGUGUGGCGAUAAAGAGUUGGAUCUGAGUUUAAUAAAAGUAGGGAGUUUAUAAGAACAUGAUCCAUCCCAUCAGUGUUCAGUGUUUCCGACAUCUCUCUCCCCGAUGGAUGUGUUCUCGCAAACAUCUUCAUUUUAUUUAAAUAUUUGCUCGCGUAAUAUCAACUGCAAAUCAAUCGAUUUAUUUAGUAACAAAUAGCAAUAGUAAUCUGUCAUACUUUAUACGAUCAAUAAAUUACAAUACUAAUAAUAGUAAUAAUAAUAAUUGGUAUUGAUCGUAUACAAGUUAAGUAAACGGUCCAAGUGUAUCGUCAACGUGCGUGAUUGAUUUCGUUUAUUCAAGAGCUGACGUUUGCGAUAAUUUAACAGUACG